AGCGGAAGAAGGAGAGGAUGCAGGACGCGCGUGCCUCGUGAUCUGCUGCUCGCGCGCUUUUUUUAAGAACAACGGCACAGAAGAAGGGGACGCACCUCCGUCCAUAGCGCUUUUCUUUUCCCUCCCCGGAAAGGUCUCCACCCGCCUUGCGAUCCGAGAUGGAGCGCCGCCUCAAGUGGGACCACAAGGCGGAAUUUUUUCUUUCAAGCAUUGGACUUUCCGCCGGGAUCGGCAACUUGUGGCGGUUUCCGUUCCUUGUGUUUGAAAAUGGCGGAGGUGCAUUCCUGUUUGUAUACCUGAUAGUGAUUGCAUUGGUGGCGAAGCCGCUGUACUACCUCGAGAUGUUCGUGGGACAGUUCAGCAGCUCCGGAUCCAUGUCCGUCUGGGCUGCCUUCCCGUUGGCAAGAGGAGUCGGUGCCACCAUGACGGUGGGGAGUCUCUGCCUGGCGCUCUACUACAACAUGUACCUGUCGUACGCGCUCAUGUACCUCUACCACUCGCUCGGCUCGCACCUGCCCUGGACCGGCUGCUACACUUCCUGGGGCGCCAACACGCACGUCUGCUACAUCCGCAAGCCGAACGUGAGAACGUGCAAGGCUGCCGCGCAGCGCCUCUACCAGCGGUUCAAGCACCACAACAUCAGCUUCGGCGUGGUCGUCAACACCACGAACAACAACAUCGUGUACGUGCCGCACAGGGCCUACUCCGUCGAGAUGUCGGGCUGCGUGAACGCCACCAUGUCGGCCGCCGAACACUUCUACUGGGACAAGGUACUCAAGGUGAGCCGAGGCCUGCAUGACGUCCGGCCGAUGAACAUUGACCUGACGAUCUGCUACUUCCUCGUCUGGCUCAACAUCUUCCUCAUCAUCAGCAAGGGCAUCAAGUGGUUCGGAAAGAUCGUGCUGGUGACGGCGACCUGCCCCUACCUGAUGCUGUUCGCGCUUCUCAUGAAAGGAGUGUCCCUGGACGGCGCGAACUCUGGCGUCGGCUUAGUUUUCAUUCCGGUUUGGCAGCACAUUUUCACCUUUAAGUGCUGGAGGAACGCAAUCGAACAAGCCCUCAUGUCCCUCUGCGUCGCCACCGGCUGCCUGACGGUCCUGGCCAGCUACAACGACUUCUACAACGACAUCUUUCAGGACACGUGGUUCUUCGCCAUAAUGAACUUCGUAUGGGGCAUGCUGUCGAGCACGGCGUUCUUCUCCGCGCUGGGGAGCCAGUCCUUCCUGCUGAACGUCACCCUGCCCGAACUCGUCCUAGACGAAGUGCAAAGCCUGGCUUUCGUCUCCUACAUCGAGGCGCUGAGCAACUUGGCUUUUCCGCAGAUGUGGAGCGUGCUGUUUCUUCUCUGCAUGUUUCUCCUGGGACUGAAUUCCUCGGUGUGCCUCAUCCACACGGUGCUCAUGUCCAUCACCGAGCAGUUUCCCGGCCUCAAGGACUUCAGGAUCGAACUGACGCUGCUGUUCUGCAUCGGGGCCUUCCUGGCGGGCCUCCCUUUGUGCACGCCCACCGGGCCUUUCUUCAUGAGGAUCCUGGAAACCCAUUUGGGCGGGUCCUUCCUGGUGGUCGUCGCGUUCGUUGAGAUCAUCUGCUACUCGUGGGGAUACACGGCAAAACGGCUCCUCUUCGACAUCGAAUUCAUGUACACGGUGCCAUCGUCGGUCGCGUACAAGGUGCUCUGGAGUUUCCUGGUUCCCCUCAUGCUACUGCUGAGCUACUUGUCAGGCCUGUUCAGCUCGUCGAGCGCAACCCUCAGGGGCUACACGUUUCCCGUGUACGUGGACAUCGGGGGCUACAUGCUGUUGCUGUUCAUCUUCUGCCAGAUCCCACUCUACGGGCUCAGCUGGUUCAAGCAACGGGGAUACAACUGCGACGACGCAAUGCUGCCGUCGUACAAGUGGGGCCCCGAGGAGCCGGCGCUCUUCAACGCCUACCAGGCGCGCCUGCGCAACCGCGGCCUGGUGCCCAUGAGCUCGCGCUUUCCCGUGCGCUUCAUCAUACCGCACACGGUGCCCGCGGACGCCGUGCUGCCGGUGAUGUUCGCCGCAGAGCCGGUCAAGCCGCCGUCGUGGUCGCCCGUCAGCUGGCGCCCGGGACACCACGCGGAGGGCCACGUGGAUCGACAGUGGACCCUGCCACCCAACCUGCCGGCGCUGGACCUCAACAGUUUGGCAGUCCAGAUGCCCAGGGCCGACGGCGGAGUUGCACCCCCGGCGCCCGAAGCGGGUCCGAGAGCCUCGCUAAUUCCGUCCCAAGCACCGACGCAGCCGCCACAGCAGGUCCGCCACUUUCUGCCGACGCUGAACCCCAACAGCCUGGGGCCGCAGUUCUCGGACUCGCCAAUGCGGUUCGGCCUGCUGGGCCGCCUCUUCAUCCGGCGCCACGAGGGCCACGAGGACGUGCUGGUGCCGGCCAUCCCGACCCAGGAGCAGUACCUGAACCCGAGGCUGCCCCCCAUGACGUACCCGGUGCAGCCCGGUGGACCCAUCGAGCUCGCCGCACACGCCUCGACCACAGGGGCGGGGCACGUGACCUCUCAAGCAGCCCCGGGCCCUUCUUCCCAUCCGGACGCCAACCCGCAAGCCGAGCACGAUGUCAGGGGAAUCCUGCGCAACUGACCCACCCGGAAGCUAAUAAAACGACACAGCCGCGCGUGGCUCGGUGCACCGAUCUUA